CUCGAGUCUAACGUGCUUAGCUUUCUGGCAACAGACCCUCGCUCUCCUUCUCCCUUUCCUAGUUCGCCCACAGCUCCCAUUUGUCCCACAACACCACAAACAACUACCCAACUACUAUUCCCACAUCCUCCAGCACCAUGGGUUUCUUCAGCAAGAAAGAAAAGUCCGAAAAAGCCGACGAAGACAGCCGCUCCGCGCUCUUUGGCAACCGCAAAGCUGGAGAGACAGCUGCUGGCCAAAACCCCUACUCAGCCCCUCCUCCCCCGUACCAGCCGCAAGCUCCCAAUGCAAGCCACGGUGGCCCUCCCGCACCCGUCGACCGCAACCGCGAUGCCCUCUUCGGCAACCGACCUCAGCCACAGCACUCGCACUCUGCCCCUCCUGUUCAGGGCGGCGCGUAUGCCCGUCCCGAUGGAUAUGCACCCAGCUCGGGGGGUUACGGCCAGAGCUCCGGUGGCUACAGCAACAACAGCAACGCGGACCGCCAGAUGACGGAGGAGGAAGAGGAGGAGGAGGACGUUGAGGCCGUGAAGCAGCAGAUCCGCUUCACCAAGCAGGAGUCCGUCGCCUCGUCUCGCAAUGCGUUGCGUGUUGCCGCGCAGGCUGAGGAGACGGGCCGCAACACCCUCGCCCGCCUCGGACAACAGGGAGAGCGGCUGUACAACACGGAAAAGAAUCUCGAUGUUGCGGCCUCGCAUAACCGUGUUGCCGAGGAAAAGGCGAGAGAGCUCAAGACGCUCAAUGGAUCCAUGUUCGCCAUCCACGUCAAGAAUCCGAUGAAGAGUAAGUCGCGUGCGCAGGCUGAGGAGAAGAAGAUCCUUGACCGCCACGAGACGGAGCGGGAGGAGCGCGAGAGAACCAGGCAGUUCGGGUAUGAGAGUCGGGAUCGUGUGGGCAAGGCGUUGAAUGGUGGCCCAGGCGGUAGCUAUGCAGGAAAGACCCAGAUGAGCAUGGCCGAGCGCAGCAAGUACCAGUUCGAGGCCGAUGAGAGUGAUGACGAGAAGGAGCGCGAGAUCCACAACAACUUGGAUCAGCUUUCCGCUAUUACCGGAAGGCUGAAGGGGCUUGCGAUGGCCACUGGCGAAGAAGUCGACAGACAGAACCACCAGAUUGAUAAGAUCAUGAAGAAGAGCGACCAUGUCGACAACCAGAUUGCACUUACGCACAACCGGAUCAAGAAGAUCCACUAGAUCUACCAGAUCUACCUGUGCAUCUGCAUCUGCAUUUUUGGAAUUUGGUGUUUUCAAUGGAAGCGUGCAUGAGCAUUUAUCUUUCUGUUUCUCUUUCCCGUUCGUUGGAGUAGUUCGAGUAGCAUAGCAUAGCAUACUUGCUCAUGUGGUUUUGUGUCUUUUUCUUUUCUUUUCGUAGGUCGAGAUUUAAUAAUUUGGUAUCGGUGUAUUUGGAAGAAUGAUUGUGGGCCCAUUCUUCCU